AUGCCCGAGCUUACCCCAAACGCAUUUUCUGGUGGCGAAGGCUUCAUUUCUCGGAUUACUUCCAAGAUCUCCGAUGGGUCGGAGAUCUCUGUGGAUGAUUUGGGAGGAUUGCAACAACUUCUAUCACGAAGUGCAUCAUCCGAGCUUCCAACAUUAGACAAGGACUUUUUGAAACGGCAAAUCGAUGAAAUACAGAUUGUGCAUCAUGUCGGCAUGGUUCAGAAUAUGCUGGACCCUGAAUUUUAUGUGUCAUCUUUGAAUGGCAGAUCGCUGCACUUUAGGGACUGUAAUCCAACAUCCAAUUCAGCAAGCAAUGACACUGGUGAGGAUUUCUCAAAUCUUUCAGAACGCCAGCCACUAUUUGUAGUUCCAAUACCUUUUACAGCAGGCUGGUUCAAAGAACGUUCUAUCGUCAGAGGAACUUCUAUUGAAAGAACAUUGACGGCGGAAUCCAUGAUGGCAAGUGCAUCCCGCAAGCGCGAACGGGAAACCGAGCAAUCAAAGAAGUCGAAACGCUGUUCAGAGUCAGCCAAGGAGAUUGUUCGCAUGAAUGAUUCCGAUGCGUCGAAGAGAGCAAAAUCUCUAAAACAAUCUGUAAAAUGGUGGCCAGCUGGGUGCAAUGGGAGCGACGACUCUAGCUCCCCUGUUUUGGCUAAGUUCUACUAUGACGAGUAUAUGAAAGCGGACAAUAGGCCGACCACCCUUCGGCUGAAUGACAUUGUCGAAACUAUUGGUGUUCUUUCUAUGAAUCCUUGGGAAGCUGAGUUCUGCACGGCAGAUAGCGAUUUUGUAUUUGAUUCGUCUCCACCACCCCCAAGCCAACUCCCUCGGCUUCACGUGCUCGCAUAUCGAACUAUCGACUUGGACACUCUCGCUCAUGAAAGAGUCUUGAAUUUGACAGAAAUGACACCGGAGAUGAUGGGGGGAACAUUGGAUGGUGGACUGAAGAGGUCUCUUGCUGCUCAGGCAAUAUUCUUGACCAUACUUUCGAAAGCUGAACGAAAAGACAACUUAAUCCACCGUUUGUCCACAUCUGCAGUUGGGUGCGCAUCAUUGAAAGUAUCCACGACGGUCGAUAGCAAAGAAGUGUUUCAGCGUUUGAAAAAUAUCCUGCACCAGUCCUGCCCUGUAGUCGCAGCAUUGGACUUAGCAUCUAAGGAACUGCAUCCUUUUCCCGCAAAGUUAAAUGGUAUCAUUCCCGCAACAAGUUGGCAGUUGCCGUCUGGAUCAACUUUGUUGAUACAUGCGGGUGAUUCAAUGCAAGAUGGGUUGGAAGAAUUGCUAACUUCACACCAAAUUGUGUAUACUUUCGAAGGUGGAGUUCAAAUUCCGUUUGAAGCGGAUUAUAGCAUUAUUGUCAUAUCAAACAACAAAACUGUGAAAUGUUCAUUGCAAGUUUACUGCGACGAAGAAGACCUAUCUCGGCUAGAAGAAGAGGAAUCACGACUUCGUCAGGCCCUCUCUGCAUGUCGCACAGUUGGUAAUGUGAAGCUGUCUCCAGAAGUUUUGGAGCGUGCUCAGGAUGACUUCCUGUCUCAGAGGUCCUCCGCACGGUCCAAUCCAAAAGCAAGAAUGCCACACGAAGAUGAUUUUCACCGUUGGUUGUGCUUGACACGGCUACAAGCACGCAGUCGACGCUCUGAAGUAGCAACGACGGAGGACUGGGAGCAGGCAGUUGCUCUCGAUGAUGCUAUCUGGAACAGUCUUAACUAG